AUGAGCCAAGAUAAGAGAAAUGAUGACACAACACAGGCUGAUCCGGUAACUACGAAUAAUGACUCUAGAAAAGAGAAGAUUGAGCAAAUUGAAAAGUACAAACAAGAGUCCACCUUGCUUAUUCAUAAUAUAAAACAGCUACAGCAAUUGAACAACAAACUAAACAACGACCUAGUGUACAUCCAGGACUAUGUUAGCAAACUAAUCAAGCAGUGA